UAAACAUAUUGACUGAACUGAUUAUUUUUCCUGGAAUCUUCAGAACAUCUUUGUAAAGUUCAACGUUGAUCCAAAUAAUAGUUUCCCGAAUUACACAACAGGAAAAACAUAGUGAUAAAAAUAAAAAAAUAAAAAAAGUUUUGAUCACAGCUCAAUAUUUUUAAUGGGGAACAAUUUUCUCAAAAUAAAGUGUUUUAUAAAUGGUAAGUUAUUAAAUGUAAGAUGACAAACGAACGUGAUGAUAGAACAAACGCUUUCCCCCGUGUAAUUAGUAUGCACCGUCACAUCGAUGAAUCUACGCUCGAUGAAAUAACUGACAACAGUUUACGCCAAUCAGACGCAGCCCGUCCCUUCCUCCGGAAACGGCUGCUUUUCGACCAAUGGCAAGCGUUGGAAUGAGGCACAUGGCACUUUCGCGGCAAAAAAGAUUUCGCGCGAAAACCGUCGGAUCCUUGUUUAGAUGUAGAUCAGCUGGGACAAUAACAACAAUAACAGCCGUUAUCUGGGUCGGAACGUCGCUUUUAUAAAUGGACUGCGCCCGUUGUGAGGACCCAACGGAACCACGAAGACUCUUUUAGAGGAUGCCGGUUUAUUUCAACGGUUUAUUUCCUUUCAUUUCCAGUUUAGUCAGACUGCUUCCUGCGUGCCCCAACAAAACGAGGGGGUUGGAGAAAUGCAGCUAAUAACCCAGCUAGCAUGCUAAUCUGCCCUAUGUUUUCAUAUUCAACAAGAUCGCUUUACACUCUGCUGAACUGGCUGUCGCUUCAUUAAAUGUGCUUGCAAAAUGCUUCUGAGUAACAGUGGGGGUUUUGAAUUGUUUAUAAUUGUAUUUCAAAAGCCCACCGUUAUAGUGGUGCGAUAAAGUUUUAAUAGCAAUUUAACUAAGCCCUUAUGUGUCAGGAUAAAUACUAGUGUUUUAUAGACUUAAAUAUCUAUUUUCUCGGCGUCUCUGUAUAGUUUGUUAACUUGUUUGUUGAUACGCUAGCUUGUUAGCAGGGUUUGUGUUAGGUGCAGUGUGGCCAGGCCUCGCGGCUGUACUGUACUGACAGGACAGAUGACAACAAAAGAUUAGCUUGCUCCCAUGCUAGCUCGCUACCCCCCGGCGUUUAUUUCAGCCACGGCUCAUUUUCGCCUAUUUAUUUGUUAAUAUGAGCUAUAUCAGUUGGUAUGCAUUUAGCACAGUUUCAUUUGCCAAAUUUCCUGUUUGGCAUGACAUCCUGUGUUGCUGUGUCACCACCAGCCUUAAAGUGGUGGUGAGCAGUUAGCUUCUUUUUUUUAAUCUAGGGAAUAUUGCUAUUCAUAAUGCAUUUGUAAUUGCUUGUUUAUAAGAUGGACCACGCAGAAAGGGUAACUUUUGUUUAGCAGUGUUAAAGCUCCCAAUAACCAAGCAAACUUUUAAGGGGGUUCAUCAUUGUUUACCAUAAAAUCCAAGAGUUUGCAGAAACUCGAAUUGCAGCAUUUUAGUGUGCGAAUCUUGAAGUCCAUUGAAGGGGUUUUAAGUGACACUGCAAUGUCAGAGACUCUGAUCACGGGCCACACAUCAGAGGAUCUGUUGGCUGACUUUGAGACUCUGCUGAACUCUGGGAGCAUUGACCUGGCUGAAGACCACCAGAUAGUGAUCAUCACCAGCCCCAGCAACGAGGGACUCCACCCGGUUGCUGCCCCCACCAGCACAGGGGAGAUCCUGCUGUUUGCCACGCCACAGGGCCCCGUUGAUGUUGGGGUCCAGGAUAAGAGGCGACCAGCCCUGGGGAGACCUCCGGUAAAGAGGAAGUUGGACCUGGAUAGUGACCAUCAGUAUGUCAGCACCACUCGACCGUCCAUAGGCCAAGCGCCACCCUCUACACCUGCCCCUCCCAGAGUCCCUCGAACAACGACGGAGAAGUCCCGUUACGACACUUCGUUGAACCUGACCACCAAGCGCUUCCUGAACCUGCUGUCCCAGUCUGCUGACGGCGUGGUGGACCUGAACUGGGCGUCGCAGGUCCUCGAUGUCCAGAAGAGACGCAUCUAUGACAUCACCAACGUCCUGGAAGGAAUCCAGCUCAUCUCCAAGAAGUCCAAGAACAACAUCCAGUGGCUUGGUAAUCGAGUUGAUGCGGCAGUGGUUUCCCGCCACAAGGCGCUGCAGACGGAGGUGUGUGACCUCACAGAGGCUGAGGAGCAGCUGGAUGAACUCAUUUCCAAGUGCAACCUACAGCUGCGACUGCUCACAGAGGACCAACAUAACAAGAAGUUGGGCUAUGUGCGCUGCCAGGACCUGAAGAAGUCGUUUGACUCCCCGGACCAGCUGGUCAUGGUGAUCCGGGCUCCACCAGAGACCCAGAUGCAAGUUUCAGAACCCAGCAAGAGUUACCAGGUGUCCUUGAAGAGCACGCGGGGGCCAAUCGACGUCUUCCUCUGUCCAGAAGAAAGCUCCGGCGUCUGCAGCCCCGUGACAGAAGGCAGUCCCUCCAAACCUGAUGCAGACCCAUCCCUGGUCCCGCCUCCCUCGCAACCCACGGACCAAUCGCAAGCCAGAAGAUCCGCAGCCGCUCUUGAAGUGGGUUCAUCAUCUCCAGCUUCCACGUCCUCAACGGUGACAGCCACCUCCCAGCAAGACCCCUCGUUACUGGUGUUAGGGGGGGACGCAGAAUCUCUCCUGGGAGCCGACCCCUUCUCCAACCUCGGUGACAUGCCCGACUUCAACCUGUCCCCCCUCUCCUCCUCGUACUUUCUGAACGGAGAUGGCCUCCCUCUCCCAUUGGAUGGUUUUAUCAACCUGUCCCCGCCCCACAGUCACGACUACCACUUUGGAUUGGAGGACAAUGAGGGCAUCAGUGAACUGUUCGAUUGUGACUUUGGUGACCUAUCGCAAGUGUUGGGGGACAGUUAGACGAAUGAGGCGAAGAGGAGCACGGAGACUUCUAGAUUCCUUCCCUUAUAGGCUUCAAAAUGAGGGCUGCAAAUCUUUAGAACUUAAUGUUCUAAGUGUGCCGGGAAAAUGUUUUGUGUAAAAAUCUCAGUCCCUAAAAUAACAUUAUUAGCACUUCUCUGGCCCUUACAAUUUUAGACCAAGAAUUUAGCUUUAGUAUAGCUAUUUAAAUUAUUUAUAUGAAUGUUAUUUUGAUAUUUCUUUUGUUAUUGAUUACGUUUCAUCCAAGUGGAUUGUGCAGGUUUUGGUGUGUGGAGUAUGGACUCGUAGAGCUGGUUUCCUUUACACCAAUGAGAUGCAUACUACAAAUCAUAAGGCUGUACUGCUUCCCAAACAAAAACAUUUUCGCUUCUGUAAUCGGCCCCCAGUUACUUGAAUUCAUCCAGACUUUUGACUGUUUUUAAAUGCUGUGUUCGUCGUUGAAGCGUAUAUAUUUUUUCCAGAAUUCAUGGUAAAAUUGAGGUUAAAUACAUGGUACACAAAAGAUCA